UCUCUAUGGGAGGAGGCUAAAGAGAGGUGAGGUGAAGAUGGCGAGAGGCUCCCGGUGUUUGAGGAGAGCAGUAGCGGAGUGUAUCAGACAUUUACCGUCCACAGCCAGUCGAGAGACACCGGGCAGGAAUGGAGUGAGAUAUCUGUCUUCUUGUGGGAUUCUGAUGACCAGGGUGCCGCCCCUCUUCAGGGCUGUAACAGGUCAUGUUGUCGUGGCUCCAACCAGGAGCUUCUUCAACCUCUCUGAGUCCUUCAACAAGAGGAAAGAGUAUUCUGAACGACGUAUUAUUGGGUACUCCAUGCAGGAGAUGUACGAGGUUGUGGCCAGAGUAGAAGAUUAUCUGCUAUUCGUGCCCUGGUGCAAACGCUCAGACGUUAUAUUUCGCCGCUCUGGAUUUUGUAAGGCCAAGCUGAGUGUGGGGUUCCCGCCUGUGGUAGAAAACUACACCUCACUUGUUACUACAGUUCGCCCUCAUUUGGUCAAGGCAUCUUGCUCUGAUGGAAAACUUUUCAAUCACUUGGAGACGGUGUGGCGCUUCAGCCCUGGCCUUCCUGGAUACCCCCGUACCUGCACUCUUGACUUUGCUAUUUCCUUUGAGUUCCGUUCUCUCCUGCAUUCUCAGUUGGCCACCGUUUUCUUCGAUGAGGUGGUGAAGCAGAUGGUGUCAGCCUUUGAGCGGCGGGCGUGCAAGCUGUACGGCCAGGAGACACAGAUCCCACGCGAGCUUAUGUUCCAUGAGAUCCACCACACAUAGUUCAUUCCACACCUUCAGAAUGGGGGGGGGGGUGUUGUUCAGGGAACUGGGAGUUUUAUUGAAAGCAUUCAUUUAGAGUGUUAUAAGGACAUUUGAGAGAAGCGGGAACUCUGUGUGCCAGAAUAACAUCAGUGCCUGGUCUAAACAAAACAGUUGAUUUUAACAUUUUACGCUGGAAAAGCAUGAUGUGGCUGGAUCUUUUCUUGGGGGUUUGAUUGUACCCCAUUGAGUCCUGCCCCACUACCUCCAUGUUAAUAUUUUAGGAUCCUCUCUCCGUACGGAAUGGCACCUGGAGCCAUAUUUUUAUUACAAAGACCUUUAGGUGAUUUUAAAAACAGCUGCCAAAAACCGUUAUAGCUUCAUGAAUGGCACAAUAGUCAAAGGUCAUGGCUUUCUUUGAAAGGAUGAUAUUUGAGACAAUUGAAAGUGCAUUAGGACUUCAGUGUCCAGAAAGGUUGUCAUGUUACACGGUUUGUGUUACCGUGAUAUGAAUGGUAAAUGAUGUAUUUAUUAAAAAGCUUAUUGAU